GCCCUGUCAAAGGUUAUACUCGCUCCCGCCCAUUCAUCCUCAAGCUGGCCUCAGAAUUCCCAUCGUGAGGCCAGCGAGCCAAGACAUUUACGACCUAACCUACCUCCGAACGAACGAGCGAACGAACGAACCUCGGCACCGCGAAGAGAAACAGAGAGAGAGAGAGAGAGAGAGAGAGAGAGACGCCCAUCCGAAGAUGCUGUCGAGCCUGCAGAACCCGCGGCAAGCCGCCUCCCAGGUGCUCAACUUCGCCCUCAUCCUGUCCACCGCAUUCAUGAUGUGGAAGGGGCUAUCAGUCGCGGCGGACUCGCCGUCGCCAAUCGUGGUGGUGCUGUCGGGGUCGAUGGAGCCGGCGUUCCAGCGGGGGGACCUGCUGUUCCUGUGGAACCGGAACGUGGCGGCGGCGACGGACGUGGGGGAGGUGGUGGUGUACAACGUGCGGGACAAGGAGAUCCCGAUCGUGCACCGGGUGGUGCGGCGGUUCAGCGGCGACGGCGACGGCGACGGCAGCCUGCUCCUCACCAAGGGCGACAACAACGCCGCCGACGACACCGAGCUCUACGCCCGCGGCCAGGACUACCUCGCCCGCCGCGACAUCAUCGGCUCCGUCGUCGCCUACGUCCCCUUCGUCGGCUACGUCACCAUCAUGCUCAGCGAGCACCCCUGGCUCAAGACCCUCAUGCUCGGCCUCAUGGGCCUCAUGGUCGUCCUCCAGCGCGAGUGACCGGGCCGUGUUAUCUAUACGGAGAGAAUGGAGGGAAUGGAAUAGUAAUAGCUAGAUAUCACACGCCCGCAUCUGGGUGCGUGGCCACCUCUGGAAUGUAAAAAAUACGCCUACCUACCUACCUACCUACCUACUACCACAAUUGCGUUUUGUUGUGAUAA